GACCGGAGAACAGAAAAGCUGAUUCCCAGGACCUUUUCUUCAAAAUAUGAUCUUUUCUCACCGUUAAGUUAAUAAUCGACAUCUCCCCCGCCAAAGCCUUCUUAUAUUUGUUGUAUAUCUUUCAUUUUCCAUCUUUCUUCUCUCUUAUAUAUCGUUACUACUGGCGUUUCGUGGACUUGAAGUCCUUGGGUUUUGUCUUUAGAUAUCUGCGGCUUCUGCUCCAUGAGCAGAUUCUGCUUGUUAUCAACCUGAUCGGAUUGGGGGCACUACCCUUAUAUUUCGGAAUUGUGGAUGAGAACUCUGAAACUGCGAUUUUCUUCAUACUUGGAUUGAAGUUUGAGCCCUUGAUUGGAUAUAAUUUGCUGUAUAUACAAAUACCCACAGUUUUUUUCCGGAUUACAUAGAUUUGCGAAGCUUCCCUUUGUGGUUCUGGAGAAUGGGCUGUUUCUCGUGUUUCGAUUCGAAGGAGGAUGAGCAGCUCAAUCCUCGGCAAGAAAUUGAUGAUCUUAAGCAAGGCCAUCCAGCUGCUUCCUCUCACAUUUCCAGAUUGCCCUCUGGAGCGGACAAGCUUCGCUCAAGGAGUAGUAAUGGAGGAUCCAAAAGGGAACUUCCCGCUCCUAAGGAUGGGCCUGGCGUCCAAAUUGCUGCCCAGACUUUCACUUUCCGUGAGCUUGCAGCUGCAACUAAAAAUUUUAGGCCAGAAUCCUUUAUAGGGGAAGGUGGCUUUGGAAGAGUGUACAAAGGGCGUCUAGAAAGCACGGGUCAGGUUGUUGCUGUUAAACAGUUAGAUAGAAAUGGCCUCCAGGGUAAUCGCGAAUUCCUAGUGGAGGUUCUCAUGCUUAGUCUUCUACACCAUCCUAACCUUGUCAAUCUUAUUGGUUACUGUGCUGAUGGGGACCAACGUCUCCUUGUUUAUGAAUUUAUGCCAUUGGGAUCAUUGGAAGACCACCUUCAUGUUACAGCUCAUAGGCAGGAUCAUUUUUAGAAAUGAUUGGAAGUUUCGGCUUUCUGAGCAAAAACAUUUGAUUUAGAUGUCGCAAAAUCUAACAUCAUCAAAAAGAUGUUUACCUGUUUUGGAACACGGAAUAUAACAGAGUUAUCUAGAAGCAAAUAUCUGGACAUGGCAUUCUCUUGUACAGUAAUAUCCUUGUCAAUGAGUGGACUUUUCUUGCUCGGUAACCUUGAUCGAGUCCUUGUAGAUCAAUUUCCAUAAUCUACAUUGCAUGUUGGUUCUUUUCUCACAUAGCCACUCUUAAGUGAUGAGGAAACUCUGCUGUUGGCGGCUUUACUCUUUCAAGGGCCUUUUCUUCUGAAAUUUCUGAUGAUGAAUAAAUACAUGUCGGACUGUUUUCUAGUGUGGGAAAACCAACCUAAGUUAUUUUACUGAAUCUUAGUUACAAUUUUCUGCACUUCA